AUGCUUUGGACGCGUCAACGCAGCGAGCUGCCCAUCACCCCGGCGGAGGCUCUGGCAUGUUGCGGGAACCAUCUUAGUGCGUACGAGAGGCAGGAAAUCUUGGGGUUUCCGUGUGUGUAUUACUGUGGGGCACACGCUCAAGAUGCGACGCCAGCAUCAAUGGGCUCAAGCGAAGCAACGCCAGUGAAGCAGCAAUCCUCUCUGCUGCACUUUGAUGAUUGCGAACAUAACUAUCGCAUCGUCUCUGGAGACCACGUAGGAUACCGCUUCGAGCUUAUUGAUGUCCUUGGCUGCGGCACGUACGGGGUUGUGGUGCGAGCUCUUGACCAUGCGGCCCUGCCCACGCCACAGCAAUGUGCGCUUAAAAUAGCAAAAAGUAUUUCCUGCCACGCCGCCAUCUUGAGGCGGGAGGCUGCGAUGUUGGAGCUGCUGUGGCAGAGCAAGCCAGCGGCGCGGAUGUGGAUUCCGCAGGUGUUGGAACGUCUGGUGUUCCGCUCACAUGAAGUUCUUGCGAUUUAG